ACACCGCAAAUGACACCAACCUUACCAACAAGUUCCUUAUUUUCUGGGACAACAAAAGGAUUGACAACCUGGACAGUGAGCUCCACCACCCCUUCACCAUCAAUCAAUUAUACAUCACCUCUCUCUGUUGGAUCUUCAGCAUAUCCUACAAAUGUUAGUGCAUCCACUUCAGGAACUGCCCUUCAAACUUCUACUGGUUCAACAACAACUGGACCAAAUAUUCAUAUGUCAACAAUUUCACGUGGAUCAUAUUCAAGUCCAUCCAUACCAAAUGCGGCAUCUACUGGAGCAAACCCAUUGUCAUCUACAUUCCUUACAACACAACGAACAAAUUAUUCAACAAAUAUGACUAAUAUUCAAACAUCAACAUCACAAGCAUCUACAACUGGAAUUCAAGUCACAAAUGGCACAUCAACAAUAUUGACAACAGCCACUCCUAUCAGCGCUCUGUCGACAUCAGCAACAACAAUUUUACCUCUGUCAUCAUCAAUAAACCUUUUAUCAACGGCGACAAGCAAAACUACUUCUUUUGGAUUGUCCGCCACUUCAAUUAGUUUCACUAAAACUAAUGCCCAAUCUCAAAGUGCGACGACAUAUGUUAAUUCCUCAUCAACGACUACCUUCAUCAAUACUGAAACAUCAAAUCAAAGUCCAACAAUCUCCAAUUUAACGAGUUCAGCUGUUCCACCAGCUACAAACACAACUCAAAUGCCAACUAUUGAAAUAUCAACUUCACCAAGAACGUUAUCAUCUACGCAAACAAGCCAAUGGCAAAGUACCACACAUUCUACAAUUGCAUCCAUGUUGACGUUUCAACAUAAUACAAGCCUUAACACAACACAGCAAAUGACUCCAACCUUACCAACAAGUUCCUUUUUUUCUGGGACAACAAAAGGAUUGACAACCUGGACAGUCAGCUCCACCUCCCCUUCACCAUCAAUCAAUUAUACAUCACCUCUCUCUGUUGGAUCUUCAGCAUAUCCUACAAAUGUUAGUGCAUCCACUUCAGGAAUUGCCCUUCAAACUUCUAGUCGUUCAACAACAACCGGACAAAAUAUUGAUACGUCAACAAUAUCACUUGGAUCAUAUUCAAGUCCAUCCAUACCAAAUGCGGCAUCUACCGGAGCAAAUCCAUUGUCAUCUACAUUCUUUACAACACAACAAACAAAUUAUUCAACAAAUAUGACUAAUAUUCAAACAUCAACAUCACAAGCAUCUACAACUGGAAUUCAAGUCACAAAUGGCACAUCAACAAUAUUGACAACAGCCAGUCCUAUCAGCGCUCUGUCGACAUCAGCAACAACAAUUUUACCUCUGUCAUCAUCAAUAAACCUUUUAUCAACGGCAACAAGCAAAACUACUUCUUUUGGAUUGUCCGCCACUUCAAUUAGUUUCACUAAAACUAAUACCCAAUCUCAAAGUACGACGACAUAUAUGAAUUCCUCAUCAACGACUACCUUCAUCAAUACUGAAACAUCAAAUCAAAGUCCAACAAUCUCCAAUUUAACGAGUUCAGCUGUUCCACCAGCUACAAACACAACUCAAAUGCCAAGUAUUGAAAUAUCAACUUCACCAAGAACGUUAUCAUCUACGCAAACAAGCCAAUGGCAAAGUACCACACAAUCUACAAUUGCAUCCACGUUGACGUUUCAACAUAAUACAAGCCUUAACACAACACAGCAAAUGACACCAACCUUAUCAACAAGUUCCUUUUUUUCUGGGACAACAAAAGGAUUGACAACCUGGACAGUGAGCUCCACCACCCCUUCACCAUCAAUCAAUUUUACAUCACCUCUCUCUGUUGGAUCUUCAGCAUAUCCUACAAAAGUUAGUGCAUCCACUUCAGGAAUUGCCCUUCAAACUUCUAGUUGUUCAACAACAACCGGACAAAAUAUUGAUAAGUCAACAAUAUCACUUGGAUCAUAUUCAAGUCCAUCCAUACCAAAUGCGGCAUCUACCGGAGCAAAUCCAUUGUCAUCUACAUUCUUUACAACACAACAAACAAAUUAUUCAACAAAUAUGACUAAUAUUCAAACAUCAACAUCACAAGCAUCUACAACUGGAAUUCAAGUCACAAAUGGCACAUCAACAAUAUUGACAACAGCCACUCCUAUCAGCGCUCUGUCGACAUCAGCAACAACAAUUUUACCUCUGUCAUCAUCAAUAAACCUUUUAUCAACGGCAACAAGCAAAACUACUUCUUUUGGAUUGUCCGCCACUUCAAUUAGUUUCACUAAAACUAAUGCCCAAUCUCAAAGUACGACGACAUAUGUUAAUUCCUCAUCAACGACUACCUUCAUCAAUACUGAAACAUCAAAUCAAAGUCCAACAAUCUCCAAUUUAACGAGUUCAGCUGUUCCACCAGCUACAAACACAACUCAAAUGCCAACGAUUGAAAUAUCAACUUCACCAAGUACGUUAUCGUCUACGCAAACAAGCCAAUGGCAAAGUACCACACAAUCUACAAUUGCAUCCACGUUGACGUUUCAAAAUAAUACAAGCCUUAACACAACACAACAAAUGACACCAACCUUACCAACAAGUUCCUUAUUUUCUGGGACAACAAAAGGAUUGACAACCUGGACAGUGAGCUCCACCACCCCUUCACCAUCAAUCAAUUAUACAUCACCUCUCUCUGUUGGAUCUUCAGCAUAUCCUACAAAUGUUAGUGCAUCCACUUCAGGAACUGCCCUUCAAACUUCUACUGGUUCAACAACAACUGGACCAAAUAUUCAUAUGUCAACAAUUUCACGUGGAUCAUAUUCAAGUCCAUCCAUGACAAAUGCGGCAUCUACUGGAGCAAACCCAUUGUCAUCUACAUUCCCUACAACACAACAAACUAAUUAUUCAACAAAUAUGACUAAUAUUCAAACAUCAACAUUACAAGCAUCUACAACUGGAAUUCAAGUCACAAAUGGCUCAUCAACAGUAUUGACAACAGCCACUCCUAUCAGCGCUCUGUCGACAUCAGCAACAACAAUUUUACCUCUGUCAUCAUCAAUAAACCUUUUAUCAACGGCAACAAGCAAAACUACAUCUUUUGGAUUGUCCGCCACUUCAAUUAGCUUCACUAAAACUAAUGCCCAAUCUCAAAGUCCGACGACAUAUGUUAAUUCCUCAUCAAUGACUACCUUCAUCAAUACUCAAACAUCAAAUCAAAGUCCAACAAUCUCCAAUUUAACGAGUUCAGCUGUUCCACCAGCUACAAACACAACUCAAAUGCCAACUAUUGAAAUAUCAACUUCACCAAGAACGUUAUCAUCUACGCAAACAAGCCAAUGGCAAAGUACCACACAUUCUACAAUUGCAUCCAUGUUGACGUUUCAACAUAAUACAAGCCUUAACACAACACAGCAAAUGACACCAACCUUACCAACAAGUUCCUUUUUUUCUGGGACAACAAAAGGAUUGACAACCUGGACAGUGAGCUCCACCACCCCUUCACCAUCAAUCAAUUAUACAUCACCUCUCUCUGUUGGAUCUUCAGCAUAUCCUACAAAUGUUAGUGCAUCCACUUCAGGAACUGCCCUUCAAACUUCUACUGGUUCAACAACAACUGGACCAAAUAUUCAUAUGUCAACAAUUUCACGUGGAUCAUAUUCAAGUCCAUCCAUGACAAAUGCGGCAUCUACUGGAGCAAAUCCAUUGUCAUCUACAUUCCUUACAACACAACAAACAAAUUAUUCAACAAAUAUGACUAAUAUUCAAACAUCAACAUCACAAGCAUCUACAACUGGAAUUCAAGUCACAAAUGGCACAUCAACAAUAUUGUCAACAGCCACUCCUAUCAGCGCUCUGUCGACAUCAGCAACAACAAUUUUACCUCUGUCAUCAUCAAUAAACCUUUUAUCAACGGCAACAAGCAAAACUACAUCUUUUGGAUUGUCCGCCACUUCAAUUAGCUUCACUAAAACUAAUGCCCAAUCUCAAAGUCCGACGACAUAUGUUAAUUCCUCAUCAAUGACUACCUUCAUCAAUACUGAAACAUCAAAUCAAAGUCCAACAAUCUCCAAUUUAACGAGUUCAGCUGUUCCACCAGCUACAAACACAACUCAAAUGCCAACUAUUGAAAUAUCAACUUCACCAAGAACGUUAUCAUCUACGCAAACAAGCCAAUGGCAAAGUACCACACAUUCUACAAUUGCAUCCAUGUUGACGUUUCAACAUAAUACAAGCCUUAACACAACACAGCAAAUGACACCAACCUUACCAACAAGUUCCUUUUUUUCUGGGACAACAAAAGGAUUGACAACCUGGACAGUGAGCUCCACCACCCCUUCACCAUCAAUCAAUUAUACAUCACCUCUCUCUGUUGGAUCUUCAGCAUAUCCUACAAAUGUUAGUGCAUCCACUUCAGGAAUUGCCCUUCAAACUUCUAGUCGUUCAACAACAACCGGACAAAAUAUUGAUACGUCAACAAUAUCACUUGAAUCAUAUUCAAGUCCAUCCAUACCAAAUGCGGCAUCUACCGGAGCAAAUCCAUUCUCAUCUACAUUCUUUACAACACAACAAACACAUUAUUCAACAAAUAUGACUAAUAUUCAAACAUCAACAUCACAAGCAUCUACAACUGGAAUUCAAGUCACAAAUGGCACAUCAACAAUAUUGACAACAGCCAGUCCUAUCAGCGCUCUGUCGACAUCAGCAACAACAAUUUUACCUCUGUCAUCAUCAAUAAACCUUUUAUCAACGGCGACAAGCAAAACUACUUCUUUUGGAUUGUCCGCCACUUCAAUUAGUUUCACUAAAACUAAUGCCCAAUCUCAAAGUACGACGACAUAUAUGAAUUCCUCAUCAACGACUACCUUCAUCAAUACUGAAACAUCAAAUCAAAGUCCAACAAUCUCCAAUUUAACGAGUUCAGCUGUUCCACCAGCUACAAACACAACUCAAAUGCCAACUAUUGAAAUAUCAACUUCACCAAGUACGUUAUCGUCUACGCAAACAAGCCAAUGGCAAAGUACCACACAAUCUACAAUUGCAUCCACGUUGACGUUUCAACAUAAUACAAGCCUUAACACAACACAGCAAAUGACACCAACCUUACCAACAAGUUCCUUUUUUUCUGGGACAACAAAAGGAUUGACAACCUGGACAGUGAGCUCCACCACCCCUUCACCAUCAAUCAAUUAUACAUCACCUCUCUCUGUUGGAUCUUCAGCAUAUCCUACAAAUGUUAGUGCAUCCACUUCAGGAAUUGCCCUUCAAACUUCUAGUUGUUCAACAACAACCGGACAAAAUAUUGAUACGUCAACAAUAUCACUUGGAUCAUAUUCAAGUCCAUCCAUACCAAAUGCGGCAUCUACCGGAGCAAAUCCAUUGUCAUCUACAUUCCUUACAACACAACAAACAAAUUAUUCAACAAAUAUGACUAAUAUUCAAACAUCAACAUCACAAGCAUCUACAACUGGAAUUCAAGUCACAAAUGGCACAUCAACAAUAUUGACAACAGCCACUCCUAUCAGCGCUCUGUCGACAUCAGCAACAACAAUUUUACCUCUGUCAUCAUCAAUAAACCUUUUAUCAACGGCAACAAGCAAAACUACUUCUUUUGGAUUGUCCGCCACUUCAAUUAGUUUCACUAAAACUAAUGCCCAAUCUCAAAGUACGACGACAUAUGUUAAUUCCUCAUCAACGACUACCUUCAUCAAUACUGAAACAUCAAAUCAAAGUCCAACAAUCUCCAAUUUAACGAGUUCAGCUGUUCCACCAGCUACAAACACAACUCAAAUGCCAACGAUUGAAAUAUCAACUUCACCAAGUACGUUAUCGUCUACGCAAACAAGCCAAUGGCAAAGUACCACACAAUCUACAAUUGCAUCCACGUUGACGUUUCAACAUAAUACAAGCCUUAACACAACACAGCAAAUGACACCAACCUUACCAACAAGUUCCUUAUUUUCUGGGACAACAAAAGGAUUGACAACCUGGACAGUGAGCUCCACCACCCCUUCACCAUCAAUCAAUUAUACAUCACCUCUCUCUGUUGGAUCUUCAGCAUAUCCUACAAAUGUUAGUGCAUCCACUUCAGGAACUGCCCUUCAAACUUCUACUGGUUCAACAACAACUGGACCAAAUAUUCAUAUGUCAACAAUUUCACGUGGAUCAUAUUCAAGUCCAUCCAUACCAAAUGCGGCAUCUACUGGAGCAAACCCAUUGUCAUCUACAUUCCUUACAACACAACGAACAAAUUAUUCAACAAAUAUGACUAAUAUUCAAACAUCAACAUCACAAGCAUCUACAACUGGAAUUCAAGUCACAAAUGGCACAUCAACAAUAUUGACAACAGCCACUCCUAUCAGCGCUCUGUCGACAUCAGCAACAACAAUUUUACCUCUGUCAUCAUCAAUAAACCUUUUAUCAACAGCGACAAGCAAAACUACUUCUUUUGGAUUGUCCGCCACUUCAAUUAGUUUCACUAAAACUAAUGCCCAAUCUCAAAGUGCGACGACAUAUGUUAAUUCCUCAUCAAUGACUACCUUCAUCAAUACUGAAACAUCAAAUCAAAGUCCAACAAUCUCCAAUUUAACGAGUUCAGCUGUUCCACCAGCUACAAACACAACUCAAAUGCCAACUAUUGAAAUAUCAACUUCACCAAGAACGUUAUCAUCUACGCAAACAAGCCAAUGGCAAAGUACCACACAUUCUACAAUUGCAUCCAUGUUGACGUUUCAACAUAAUACAAGCCUUAACACAACACAGCAAAUGACUCCAACCUUACCAACAAGUUCCUUUUUUUCUGGGACAACAAAAGGAUUGACAACCUGGACAGUGAGCUCCACCACCCCUUCACCAUCAAUCAAUUAUACAUCACCUCUCUCUGUUGGAUCUUCAGCAUAUCCUACAAAUGUUAGUGCAUCCACUUCAGGAACUGCCCUUCAAACUUCUAGUCGUUCAACAACAACCGGACCAAAUAUUGAUACGUCAACAAUAUCACUUGGAUCAUAUUCAAGUCCAUCCAUACCAAAUGCGGCAUCUACCGGAGCAAAUCCAUUCUCAUCU